AUGCCUUCCCCAGAUGGCAGGAUGCGAACUCAACGUUUGAUCAUCCUGCUGGCAAUCGUCUUGCUCGCGUGCUUCUCUAUCGUGUACCUCCAUCCUGCGGACCCCCCUCAACGGCCAGUAUCCAUCCCUCCUCCCGAGCCUAUUAAACACGCUCAACUACACGAUGCCGGUCAAAUAUUCAUGCCCGAGUCGAGUCACCCGGUGGCGAAACUGAUCGAAAAUGCCGGUCAACAAUUCAAUUACGUACGCUCGCGCCAGUCUACUACGCUGAAAGAGGCCGUUGAGGAGUACAAACGUCGCUACAAGAUGCACCCCCCGCCCAACUUCGAUAAAUGGUUCCAUUUCGCUCAGUCAAAAGGCGUCCAGCUUAUCGACGAAUUUGACUCGAUUUACCACUCCCUACUUCCCUUCUGGGCCCUCAAGCCGGCUACAAUUCGCGACCGCGCCCGGGAGACCUUGGGAUUCGAUAACUCGGUUCUGGGGAUUCUGAUCCGUGAUGGCAGGAUUACUCUGAAUGAGGGUGGCGGGGAUGGGCGAGAAUGGCAGCGCAAGGCCACAGCGGGUAUGAUGGCGGAUUUUGUGAAGUACCUGCCGGACAUGGACCUGGUCUUCAACGUCCAUGACGAGCCGCGCGUGGUAAUUCCCGGGGAUGAUCUCCAGCGUCUUGUGCAGAUUGCUACAGAUCAGGUGCUCCCUGCUGCGUUUCAGGAAACAUUCCCUGCUAACGCAUGGUCGCCUCGCGCAUCGGAUUUAAAUAAGGGAGAUCGAAUUGAUGAGGUGCGCACUACUCGCUUUAACCGAUUUGCGCAUCAGCCGACUUGGACGAAUUCUCGCGCCUCUUGCCCGAUUGAUAGCCCCGCACGAUCCCUCGACGAAGCUGCCGCGGAUAACGAGGACCCUUACGCAUAUGGAGAAUUGGGCUUCAUUUACAACACUACUGCUUUCUCGGAUAUCUGUCUCAGCCCCUCUCUGCGGUACAGCUACGGAUUCUUCGAUCGCCCGAACGCUUUCGAUGUUGUCCAUGACCUGUUCCCUAUCUUCUCGCAAAGCAAGAUUUCUAGCUUCCAGGACAUUCUUUACCCUAGUCCCUGGUACUGGGCUGAUAAGGUGCCAUACGCCAAGAACAAGGACUAUAACUGGGAGGCUAAGACAAACCGUAUGUACUGGCGUGGAUCUACGACGGGUGGCUUUUCGCGUGCUGGUGGUUGGCGUCGACAGCACCGACAGCAAUUUGUCGAUAACGUGAAUUCUUUGGGUACAACCAAGAUUCUCGCCCGUCAAGCUGAUGACAUGUGGGUCUCAAAGGUGGUGAAACAAGACGAAUUCCGGGAGUCCUUCGAUGUCAAAUUCACAUUCGUUGGACAGUGCGACCCGGAUGACUGCCAUGCGCAGGAAGAGUACUUUGAGGUGGUGAAAGCUGCGGGUCAGCAGGAUGCAUGGGCACACAAGUUUUUGGUCGAUGUGGACGGGAACGCCUUCAGUGGUCGAUUCUACGCUUUCCUUCAUAGCAACAGCUUUGUCUAUAAGGUUGCUCUGUUCCGCGAGUGGCACGACGAGUGGCUGAAACCCUGGGUGCAUUAUGCACCGCUCAGCCUUAAGGGCAACGAGUACACGGAAAGCAUGCGCUAUUUCUUGUCCGAGGAAGAAGGACGUAAAGCUGCGCCAUUGAUCGCAGCUCAGGGCCAAGAUUGGGCUCAGAAAGUGUUACGGAACGAGGACCUGGAGGUCUGGUUCUUCCGUUUACUUCUAGAAUACGGACGUCUUGUAGACGAUAACCGUGAACGACUCGGAUUCUCCCUAUAA